GAGUUGGGGGGGGGGGUGAGGGAGAUCGGCUGAGAGGGGACGGAGCAGGAGGGGUUUAAUCAUACUUGGAUCUAAGAUAUGGAAAGUCAUGACUUGAUGAAUACUGUGCAAGAGAUCUCUUCAUCUUCUGCAGACUCUGAUGGCAAAAAUACCCACGGCUCUGUUUGCAGCUUGAAUUGUAACAGGAGCCCCUCAGCCAGUCCCAGAGGAGAUUCUGGUUACUCAGGGAAUACCAGGUCCUCCUUAGUCGCUGCUUCUGUUGAGCUGCUCUCCUCCUACAUGCGAUAUAUCCAGCACAGUGGGAAUGCUGACUCUGAAACUGUGAAGAACUGUGAGGCAAGGUGGCUACAGCUGUUGAGCCUGGUAGAGAAGCAAUGCCAGGAACAAAUAGCUGCCCAGCAAGAACAGUUCCACCAUCAGAUCCAACUGAUUCAGGAUGAAAUAAGGCAGUUAGUGAAAUUGCAGACCAACAGUUGGGGCAUUGGCAAGAGCAGGAGUUUGCCUGGGAAGUCUACAGACGCCUUCUCAUCACUAGGAAGUCAAAUGGGGAUGCAUUCUGAAGUCUCUGAAGGAAAUGAAUGCAUUGUCAGUCAGCUUAGAUCUAAUGAAAUCGAACUUCAUCCAAAUGCAUCUGAUCUGUAUCAGGAACGUCUUGCAAACGAUGCUUCCAUGAAUAGUGGGUACAGCACCCUGUCUGCCUCUGAACUGAAUGCCAGCAGAUCUGAUGAUGUUACCAAGUGCACAGACUGCAUGGAGAGCACUUCACAAGCACAGGGCGAUGCAGCAGUACUGCGGAGUAAUGCAGCUGUAGGCAGUAUUCAACAUACCAGAGAACUUCUAUCAAAACAAGCAGAGAACUGUUCAUCAGGAAGGAAUGACGCUGUAGGUUUUCCUGCUGAGUUUGACCAUAAGGUGAAUGAAGCUCAGUGCAGGAAGAAAAACAGUAAAUCUUUAACAUCGUGGGCACAAAAGUUGAGACAAAACCAACCAAAAAGAGUGAGUGCAGAAGAAGUGAACUCUGUGUAUGGAAACGAGCAGGCAAAGAAAUCACCGCUUGAGAAUACAGCCUCCACUAAUGCUGCUUUGCCACCUUGUGCUUUUUACCUCAACCAGCCAACUGAGAGCCCGAAUUCUGCAGUGUCUGAAGGUUCAGGACUUUCAUACUGGAAACUAGAUGUGAAGGAGAUGUAUCAUUCUUUACCAGAGAACUUCAGAAGUGAGUUUGCUGAUGUUUUCUCCACUAAAGUAUCACCAGAUCAGUUGUCUUCUGCUGAUGAAAUGAAGCCAUCAUCACUGAAGGAUAUUUAUCAUAAAAGACAAAGGGAAAACAACCAGCUGCCAGACAUGAAUUUUGUGCCACCUUCUCAGACAAGUCACCCACCAGAGAUCUUGACAUUGGACCCAACCCUGCAUAUGAAACCAGGUCAACAGAAUCCAGGACAUUGUUUUUUCAAUAUUCCUGAAGAGAGUACUCCUUUUUCUCCAGACUCCAUGGCAGAUCCUGGAUUUUCAAGUCAUUGUGACACGGACUCGUUUUCACAGACAAGCAGUUUGUCUCAGUUUGAUGGUUCUCCACAACAUCCUGUCAGCAGCAGAGCUGUGCAUUUGGACUUCUGGAAAAGCCAUCCAAACCAAAAUGAAGACAAGGCCAGCUCUCCCUUUCCAGUGGCAUAUGCUGAUGCUACCAGUGACAUUUUAGUAAACACCGAGGGAGAAGAAACACUGACUCUGACUCCAUCCUCUGUUGCUCAGUGUAGUGACAAGAGUUUACCAGACCAUGGUGUUUCAGUGAUGUCUGCUGAAGAUCCUGUGGUAAUGUCAAAGAUUAGGCAGAACUUGAGGGAAAAACAUGCUCGACACAUAGCUGACCUACGAGCUUACUAUGAUGCUGAGAUACAUAGCCUAAAACAGCAGCUAGAGGCAAGCCAUAAAACUGCUGCUUCUGAAGACCUGAAGGAAAUCAAUCAAAAUCUUGCUGACAGGUGUGACCAACUAGAUGCAGCUCUGAAUGAAGCAAGUGCUCGCAUAAAAACCCUUGAAAGUAAGAAUAGUAUGCUAGAAAAGCAAGUGGCAGAUUGGAGAGAACGCUUUUAUGGAGUUAGUAAUACCUCCAAAGUUUUGCAGGAGCGUAUUGAAGAGGUGCGCACAAGCAAUAAGGAGAAGGAUAACACCAUCAGCAGGCUAAAGUCAAGGCUUAAAGAACUAGAGGAAGCAUUUGAAAAAGCUUAUAAACUAUCUGAUAAUAAAAAUACAAGGUUAAAAGAAGAAAAUAAAAUGUUUCAAAAUCUUUUAGGAGAAUAUGAUUCCCUUGGGAAAGAACAUGAAAGGGUGAAGGAUACGUUAAAUGCAACUGAAAACAAACUGCUUGAUGCAAACACUCAGAUCUCUGAUUUGAAAAGGACAAUUUCAAAACUCGAAGCUCAGCUCAAGCAGGUUGAGCAUGAAAACAUGUUGAAACUUCGUCAUGUUACUGAGAGUCAUCUAAGAACCUCUUGUGCCAACAAGUUGGCUGCACCUGAUGUCAGCAGGCGAAAGUGGUUGAUACCAGGAGCAGAGUAUUCAAUCUUCACUGGCCAGCCUCUGGAGGGCCAAGAAAGCCCCAGAGAUAACAGACUAGAAGAAGCCUAUAUUCCUUCCAGGUACCAUUCACCUCCUGAAAAAGACUCUUCACAAGAAGACUCUUCACCAAACACUGUUGAAAAGAAGGACAGUGAGACGUCAGAAGCACCAAUUAUAAAAGCCUUUAAAGAACUUGAAGAAAUAAGAGCUUUUAAAGAUUGGGGUACACAAACAGAAAAAGAUGACGCAACACCUAAAACACCAAGUCGACGUCAAACCGUUGGGUUUGUUGAAACUUCUGUUGUUGCACACCGAUCCCCAGAGAAAGGUAAAGACCAACAGAGACCCAAACGAUACAGCUCCCCUUGUGGCCAGAGGUCUUCAUCUCUUCCUCCUUCAAACAGGAAAUCAAAUACUCCAACAAGGCGAGAGAUCAUGUUGGCGCCAGUGUCUGUGACAUACAGCCCUAAACGAUCUCCAAAAGAAAACCUCUCUCCUGGAUUUAGCCAUUUACUUAGCAGAAAUGAAAACACAGUGACGAGAUUUGAUAUACUUCUAGAUGACCUGGAAACUGGGCCUGCAUCUACUUUACAGCAUAGUAAUCCAAGAAAAAGGCUCCAGUUUCUUUCGCUUGAUGAUACAGAAGGGAGGCAGCGUUCAGGUGUCAGACACAGCUCUUGUGCUGAAUCUGUCAGCACUGGAGUGAAGAAAGCAACAGCUUGGGACGAGAGGAGCAUAGCACGGAACUGUGAACCAAUGCUAUCAGCUUGUGAGGGGGACUUCCCAUACACAGCAAGGAUUCAGACUCUGGCUGAAACGGAGAGGCUUUUCGAUGAGCUGACUCAAGAAAAGCAACAGAUUGAGGCUGCUUUGAGUCGAAUACCUUGUUCUGGUGGAAGAAUGACCUUGCAAGCAAGAUUAAAUCAGGAAGCCCUGGAAGAUCGCUUGGAAAGGAUUAACAGAGAUUUGGGAUCGAUCCGCAUGACCCUGAAAAGAUUCCAUGUUCUACGUACCUCUGCAAACCUUUGACAGUUCUCUCUUCAAUUCCAAUAUGCUUUUUUUCCUUGCACUAAUAUAUAAUGAUGCACUCGGGAAAUGCAAAUGUUUUGUAUUUUUAUAACCCCCCCCAUGGUAGUUUUACAACCACGUUACCCUUUACACGCAGCAAUAUUUUGUACCUCAAACAGCCACCUAUAUUUUAAACAUAUUUUUGUUACACUUGAGAAAGCAAUGUAAUGUUUAUCCUGUAUUGUAAUAUUUUUAGAAAUAUUAAUUAUUUUUAAACAGCGAUGCUCGAUUUAUAAUAAGAAACUCAAAGGCAGCUUGUUUUCUGAGAGCCAUUGUGUCUUGCACUUGUUUUCGUCACCAUUUUAUAGAUGUCUGUAGCAUGUUGUCCAUACUGGCUAAUAGGAAAUCUUGACUUUUAAAUGCAACAUGAGUUGGUGGUGUUAAACAACCACCGUUAGGUAGGUAAAUCCUUUUCAUUUGCACCUGGUGGGUAUUUGCCAUGGUGACCCAACUACAAGCAAUGGCAAUGCUCUGAUGCCAUUAGGGCCAGCAUUCAGCAGCUGACAGCAGCCAGCUUUCCUCCCAGCGAGCUCAGCUGCAGCUGGCACAGCAGGACAGCAGCUCACUCCAAUUGCUGCUUUAACAUCAGGGUGGGUUUUGUGCCAUGCCGGUGCUCAGGGCACACACUUCCAGGUGAGAUCUGAGCUGUCUUUGUGAACAAGACAUGCAUUUUUCUUGGUGAAAUAUACUUAUUUGCUCGCUGGCAUAUUGUUGAGUUACUGUUCAACGUUGAUGUUUUUUAGUUUGUAUUUUGCUAUUAAAUAAAUGUUUAAUUAGA